UUCGCGGGCAGCCGGAUCGACGUCGGUGAGGCGGCGGCCACAAAGCGGGACGGUCGAUAAUCCGCGAUAGCGGAAAGUGCAGCAAACGGUGAAAUACGAACGGAGAAAUAGGAGGAAAAUCGCGCAAAUCCUACCUAAACGUGCCGUAUGCCAAAUUAAGUUAACAAGGCCCAGUUAAGAUCCGCAGGUUACAUAGGGAAGGAAAGUGGUAGUGUGUUGUUGGAGUUCAAGACUCAGAGCUGCAAGGGUAAUGCCCCAAAAAAAUAAAGAGGGCGAGCGGAGCCAAAGGUGAUGCGCGCAUAGGCAGAGAGUGAAAGAGGGGGAGAGAGAGAACACGCAAGCAGCAAAGGCAGAGCCCAAUAGGAGAGCGAGUGAGCUAUAAAAACGCUCGCCAGCAACGGAGCCGAAGGGGGCUGGCGAUAAGCCGAGAGAAGUAACAUAAGUUAACAUAAGAUUAAGCAGAAUAGUACCGAGCAGCAGAACAGCUAUUUAAGUUUAGAUAUAUAUACAUAAAAAAGAAAUGCAGAAAUGAAGAACAGCAGUGAGGGAGCAUUGAGUAGGAAAAGAAGGGCAAGAGGAAGAGUGAAUAUGAAACUAAAACAAAUCCAUAAAUAGAUAACCUUCCAUGCACAGAUCAAAACAAAAAAAAAUAACAAAAACCCAUAUGUUUAUAACCGAAAUGCAAUAAUAAUACACCCGUACCCAAAAUAUCAUAUUAACCACAGUUUUGCAGCAACCAUCAGAAAGCGCUUUCGACGGUGGAUCCGCAGUAAAAAACGAUUGCCACGGAACGGGGACAAAGGGCUAAGGGAGAAGGAGCGCGCGUACCAAGCACAUAACUGUCCGGAGCAACUGCUGCGUCGCUGUGGCUGUUUCCGCGCACAAAACAAUGUGCGAUACCAAAGACGAGGCACAGAAAUGGAAAUGUGAAAUCUGCACCUACGAAAAUUACCCAUCGUCACUGAAAUGCACCAUGUGCCAGGCCUCGAAGGCGCUGCUGAGCGAGGAUAUCUUUCGGCUCAGUCCAGCGCAGGAGAGUAGCUCCAUCCCAGAGGAGGCAGCGUCUGGGCUGGCUGCUGUCGAGCCAACGCCAACACCGACCUCCACGUGCUACACGAUGCAGUCGCAGCAAUCGCAGCAAUCGCAGCAGCCCCAGUUGCGGCAGAGCAAUGUUGUCGACAGCGAGAAGUGGGAAUGCAAGGUGUGCACCUAUCUCAAUUGGCCACGUAGUGUGCGCUGCGUCCAAUGCUGUACCAAACGCGGCGGCGAGGCCAUGGAAAGCAGAAAUGAUAAUGACAAUGAGGCGGAUGCUGAUUGCGUCGAUCGAGCUGGAGAGGCACUACACGCACUGCGCAUCAGCGGCUCGGAUACGGAACUCGUAUCCACCAAAGACACGGCUGCGAGACAACAACAGAAGCAACAGUUAAUAGGAGCCACUGCCUCCAAUCGUCUCAGUCUCAGUCCCAGUCAGACCAUCGACGAUGCCACGUAUCUGAACAAUCUCGCCAAUGCAUCACACAACCAGUCGCCGAAUAAAAGGCCUGCCAAUCAACAACAACAUCAACAGCACCAGCAGCAACAGCAACGGGACUCUUCUGUGGCUGUUGCUGUCCCGCUGCAGCCGAAGCAUUGCUAUGUGUCCAAGUGGGCGUGCAAUUCGUGCACCUACGAGAACUGGCCCAGGAGCAUCAAAUGCUCCAUGUGCGGCAAGACACGGGAGCGUGAGAUAAGCGGAUCACAAAACGACUUGCAUGCCUCCUCCAGCCAGACCAUCCAGGACGAGCAUCAGAACGUAGACACCGUCAGCGUCAAUAACUCAUUCAAUAAAAAGCACAUUUACCAACUGGGUUCCUCGGAAACCAUCAACAACUGUGAUACGCUGCAAGAGCGGCAGGAACGGCGUCAGCGUCAAAUCAGGCGACAAGUGGACUGGCAAUGGCUGAAUGCCUGCUUAGGCGUCGUCGAGAAUAACUACAGCGCUGUGGAGGCGUAUCUGUCAUGUGGCGGCAAUCCGGCCCGCUCACUGACCAGCAACGAGAUAGCCGCCUUGAAUCGCAACUCGGCCUUUGAUGUGGGUCAUACACUGAUCCACCUGGCCAUACGUUUCCAUCGCGAGGAAAUGCUGCCCAUGCUGCUGGCUCAGAUCUCUGGUUCGGGGCCAGGAAUAAAGCGUGUGCCCUCUUAUGUGGCGCCGGAUCUGGCCGCGGACAUUCGCCGACACUUUGCCAAUACGCUCCGUUUGCGCAAGUCUGGCCUUCCCUGCCACUAUGUGCAAAAGCAUGCCACCUUUGCCCUCCCCGCCGAGAUUGAGGAAUUGCCCAUUCCCAUACAGGAGCAGCUGUACGAUGAGCUCCUGGACAGAGAUGCGCAGAAGCAGUUAGAGACGCCGCCGCCGGCUCUCAACUGGUCGCUGGAGAUAACGGCACGUCUCAGCUCGCGGAUGUUUGUCUUGUGGAACCGCAGUGCUGGCGAUUGCCUCUUGGACUCGGCCAUGCAGGCCACAUGGGGAGUCUUCGAUCGCGACAAUAUCCUUAGACGUACGCUUGCCGACACACUGCAUCAGUGUGGACAUGUGUUCUUCACGCGCUGGAAGGAGUACGAAAUGUUGCAGGCCUCCAUGCUGCACUUUACUCUGGAGGAAUCGCAGUGGGAGGAUGAUUGGAGCACACUGCUUUCGCUGGCUAGCCAACCAGGCUCAUCUCUGGAACAGUUGCACAUUUUUGCGCUGGCGCACAUCCUUAGACGUCCAAUUAUUGUUUAUGGCGUUAAGUACGUGAAGAGUUUUCGUGGUGAAGACAUUGGAUAUGCGCGUUUCGAAGGUGUCUACUUGCCUUUGUUCUGGGAUCAGAACUUUUGCACCAAAUCACCCAUCGCCCUGGGCUAUACACGCGGUCACUUCAGCGCCUUGGUGCCCAUGGAGCCGUUCACACGAAUCGAUGGGCGUCGUGACGAUGUUGAGGAUGUCACCUACCUGCCACUGAUAGACUGCGAGCUCAAGCUCUUGCCCAUACAUUUUCUCACACAGUCGGAGGUGGGCAAUGAGGAGUCAAUGAUGCGCCAAUGGCUGGAUGUUUGCGUAACUGAUGGCGGUCUGCUUGUGGCGCAACAAAAAUUGGGCAAACGUCCCCUUCUUGUGGCACAAAUGCUGGAGGAAUGGCUGAAUCAUUACAGACGCAUUGCACAAGUGAUAACUGCGCCGUUUGUUCGUCGCCCACAAAUAACACAUUACUCCAGCGAGGGAGACUCGGAUGAAGAAUAGAUAUUGCACACACACACACACCCCAUAAAUAAACAAUAAAUAUUAUUGUCUCUUACUUAUUCUUUUACCGAAUCGGUAUCGUAUCAGUGACGAAGUUCAAGAAGAGUUUUGAAGUGCAGAGAUCCUACACAUUUGCAGUUGGAGUUGAAGUUAGCUAAUGGAAACUAUAGAAAAUACGUACACAUAUGCAUACAGUUGAAAUUUGUAGUUGUAACUAAUUUGAAAGAAAAACUAAAGGUUAAGAAACAAAAUACGAAGACAGUACAGACACAUUCAUUGUCGGUAGGUAUAUCAUAUCCGUUCCCAAUUCAACGUUUGUUGAUUUUAGUCAAAUUUAUUCACAUUGGGUCGAUGCGGCGUACGAUUAGACCAUAUAGUAAACGAAAUUGAAGCUAAACAUACACACACACACUGGUAGAUCAAAUUACACUUAUACAAUAAUCUGUAACAAUCCAUUGGGUGCAAUCUAGUGCAGGGCCGAAACUGAAAGUGAAGAAGAAACAUAUACACAGUACGUAUGCAGUAAAUACCAUAUAGGAUACCUAUGUAUGCACAUGCUAGAUGAUCCCUCAUCUUGUGUGCAUCGUAUGUAUGUUGUAACUUAUUCGAAAUCUCGAUGUACUAUUAAAUUUUAGCAAGUGGUAAAACAAACACGAUCACAAUAAUGUGGGUGAAUAUGAAAGUUUCUUAUAAGCGUCAUUGAAAAGUUUAUUGAUAGUUUUUAAAACACUUUUUGGAAUUAUUAUGAAGCAUUAUAUACAUUCAUGCCUAUACAUAAAAUAUAUUUAAUUAUAUAUAUAUACAUAUAUAUAUACUUAACAUAUACAUAUAGAGAUCCUAUGGUUCCAGAAAGAUUGAACAAGGGCCAA